CGACGCGGACGGACACGUACUCCGAUUAGUUAAACAAAAACUCGAGUAGCUAUCGCUAAAGCUAUAGACCCUGCAAAAGGAACAAAUCACAUACAGUGCGCGACAUAAUACCAAUUGAUCUCAUUUGCCUUAACGGAAAUCACACUGAGCAACAUACUAAAGUUUAGUUCCAAACGCAAGUGCAAUUUUUUAACGUUGUUGUGUGUGUCUCGUUUUUUUACACUAAAGACUGACUGAGGCAAAAUCAAAAGCAGUGUUUUCGUGGAAAAGUGCUUAGAAUCCAGAAGUGCGAUAACAUAUUUGUUCGUAAACCUUCAUUAGUUAUUAUAUAUCCGCCACAUACAUACACACAGAAACAACCUAGGUCAAUAUUGUUUAUAGUGGCGUGUGAAUGUGCGCAAAGACAAACAAUGAGUGCUAGAUAAUAAAUAGCAGGCCCACACACAAACACACUCGCACUCACACUCGUGAUUAGAGCCGUUCAUACAUAUACACGGAAAUCGGAAGGCAAAAACGAGAGCCAGAGAGGGAGAGCAGCACGAUUCUAAAAGCUGAAAAUAAUAAUUUUAUAAUAUAUCGAAGGCUGCCUCCGCUGGCAACGGCGAGUAAGCUCGGACGAGAAAAGCCAAACGACCGACCACCAACCCGAAAGCUUCGCGUCGUCGGUGGCUCCCGCAUCGCGUAUACCUACGAUCGCUCGCUGCCCGAUCAGCAGCUCUCUUCGGAUACGACAACGACAAUAACAAACCAGAACCACUACCAGAAAACAGAAAACAGUGAAAACUGAGAAAAUAGAAAAGAAAACAGAAGUGGUCCUGUUCUAACGGCCGACGACUCAGUGUGUAUUUUGUAAUUGGUCAUCGGCGGACGAGUGAGAGCGAGAGAAUUGUCGCAACACAAUUGUGAUUACGGGUCCGGGUACGGCUACGGGUCUGUUUCGCAGUUUCGGCGGAAAACACUUGCCGCUGGUCGACGCGCGUGUUUAGACGCGACUCCCCAGAACAACAAGCAGGCAGCCAAUCAGCCGCCAACAAGUGUUAAGCAAUCGCCCAAAGUAUCGCAAGCCCCCUUUUGGAUUACACCUUGCGUGCUAAGAUCUGUUUUCCAGUUACAUUUUAUGAUUCAGACGCAACCAACAUGGUUUACUAUCCCGCUAAUCAAUUGCUCAUAAAAACGGAGCAGCCCAGUCAGGCGCAAUUCUGCCUCCAGGUGCCGCCUCCGCUAACGGCAAUGACAACUAGCUCGCCGGGCAUGGUCGCCUCCUCGGGCGGCCAGCCGGAGCACUAUGAACUCCUCCAGACACCGCAGCAGAGACAACUACAGCUCCAGCAGCAGCAGCAUCAUCGCCAGGAGCAGCAGCAACAAUUCGUCAGCUACCAGCUGACCAUCCAGCAGCAACAGCAGCAACAUGAAAGUAUUACAACGACCGCUUCCCCAACGGCGACUCAGAGGAUUAAGACAGAGCCACCGGUCACUGGAUUCCCAGCCACAUCGACGGCGGCAACGACGACGCAACAGCGCAAGCCUGCCGCCAACAAGCCACAGUUCAAGUGCGAGCAGUGUGGCAUGACCUUUGGCAGCAAGUCGGCCCACACCUCGCACACCAAGUCGCACGCCAAGAACGCAGAGCUGUCGUUAAACGGCGGCUUGGGUGGCGCCGUCGUGUCCUCGUCCUCCCCGGCCAUUGAGUUAAACGAGGCGGGUCUACCGGUGGGCAUACCCAAGAGCCCGACCAUCAAGCCGCUGGCCAAUGUGGCAGCCGGAGCCGAUCCAUACCAGUGCAAUGUAUGCCAGAAGACCUUUGCCGUGCCCGCCAGGCUGAUCCGCCACUACCGCACCCACACCGGCGAACGGCCCUUCGAGUGCGAGUUCUGUCACAAGCUCUUCAGCGUAAAGGAGAACCUGCAGGUGCAUCGGCGUAUCCACACCAAAGAGCGUCCGUACAAGUGCGACGUGUGCGGAAGAGCCUUCGAGCACUCCGGGAAGCUGCAUCGCCACAUGCGCAUCCAUACCGGCGAGCGGCCACAUAAGUGCUCCGUGUGCGAGAAGACAUUCAUCCAGUCCGGCCAGCUGGUGAUCCACAUGCGCACGCACACCGGCGAGAAGCCGUACAAGUGCCCGGAGCCUGGUUGCGGCAAGGGCUUCACUUGCUCCAAGCAGCUCAAGGUGCACUCGCGCACGCACACGGGCGAGAAGCCCUACCAUUGCGACAUCUGCUUUCGGGACUUUGGCUACAACCAUGUGCUGAAGCUGCACCGCGUCCAGCACUACGGCUCCAAGUGCUACAAGUGCACCAUCUGUGACGAGACAUUCAAGAACAAGAAGGAGAUGGAGGCCCACAUCAAGGGACACGCCAACGAGAUACCCGACGAUGAUGUGGAAGCUGCGGCAGCAGCGGCCACAGCAUCAGCGGGCUCAUCGUCGGCCGGUUCUCCAUCCUCGCAGGGCAUCAGUAGCAACUCGGAGAGCAGCAAUAACUCGCCUCCAGGAUCUCCUCCGGUCACGAAAAAAUCUCGUCAGCCGCGUCAGCCACGUGGAGCUAAAGCAGCUGCUGCUGCUGCAGCAGCCUCAUCAGCUACUGCCAACGCCUCCUCUUCGCCACUCUCGCCCAGUUCCCUCAGCUCCACGUACUCGCCAUCGGCCAGCAGCCUGGCCUCACCACCGCCCACCUCGGCCCAUUAUCUGAAUGCGCACGUGGAACCAGAUGCUCGGAGUCGGGACAGUGGAGUGGCGAGUGCCCAGCCCACAGCUCACAUUAGUUAUGCCGAAGAGGAGCUGCCCACGGACCUCAGCAUGCAGCAACAACAGGGCCAGAGUCAGGUGCCGCCGGUCCAGGUGAAGACCAGCUAUUAUCAAGAGCAACCGCCCAGUCUACUUGAGCUGCAGCCCCAUGCUGCUCCUGGUCUCACAAUCAACCCAGCGCUGCUGGAGGCUGCUAACAUGGCGCGUCGCCAUCACGAUCACAAUGGUGAGCAUCAGGUGCAAGAUGAGGACGUGCACGCCGCCGCCUGGCAAAUGAUGCAGCUGCGCCGUGGUCAUGCGGCCUCGCCUCCCCAACCGCAAGAGCAGGAGAUGCCACUUCAGCAGCAGCCCACGCUUCACGUUAGCGACCUGGCGGCCAACUACGAUGACACCCACGAGGCCACCGUGCUGAUUGAGCACUUCAAGAGGGGAGAUCUAGCCCGUCAUGGACUGCACAAAGGAUACGCACCGGUGCCAAAGUACGAAUCCGCCCUGCCCAAUCCGGACAUUGUGCGCCGCGUGGAGGCUGCCAUUGGACUGCGGUCAAGCACGGAGUCGCCCGAGAGAAGUUCCUCGCCGGAGAGCGAUUCGCUGAUGAUGGCCGAUCGCAAUGUGAUGACCCUGCCCUUGCGCAAGCGCAAGCACUACAUGAACAAGGGCGAUGGCGGCAGCCAGGGAGAGGCGAUGGACAAGGGGCUGGGAUCUGGCGGGGAGGAGGCAAUAACCGCCUCGUCCAGCAUCACCGAUUCAGCCGGCGCAGGGGACGGGACCGGAUCGGGGUCCAAGGUGAUGAGGAUGAGCUCCGUUAUCCAGUUUGCAAAGGCCUCGUAAAUGGGUCCGGUCGAUCCGCCCAACCAGCAUAAAGACUGUCCAAACAAAUUUUAACUGAAAUUAGUUUUAGUUACUUCUUUCGAGGUUCGAGGUUGGGGCCUAUAGAGAAAGAGAAAGAUAGAGAGUGAGAGUAAGAGGAUUUUUUAGCAGCAAAAGAAAAAAUGCCAAAAGUAUUAUAAAGAGAGAGAAAAUUUGUUUUUAAAAAAUUACCUUUGUGCUCCCUAAUUAAUGUUUUUAUUGAAAAACUCAAGUUUUCUUGAAUCGAUUUUUGUUAAAUCUAUGAUUUUUAAAAUGAAAUUAUACCUUGUACAUUUUAACAUUAUCAUUUGGACGAUAUACCAAUGUAUAUUCCCUGUGUUGUCACUUUUAGUCAAAUUGCAACGAUUGGCAUUAUAAUGGGUAUUAAGCAUUUGCAUCACCAACAUGAUCACUUAAGGAGACCCAACAGUAAACCGUACACAAUAAUACACUACGUGCAUUAAUUAAUGCGCAUAAUAAUGAAAUAACGUAUGUAAGGCCAUAUUGGCAUUUAAUAUAUAUACAUAUAUGAUAACUAUAACACUUAUUUAUUACUGAAAUGAGAACCCUGCUCGCCAAACUUCCUCCUCUUCCCCGCCACCAUCAACAACAUCAUCUAUCCGCCAUUUGAUAAGCAUUUUAUAUUUUAUAUACGAAACAUACACUAAACAACCAAGUCAUUGAGAAGUAAAAAUAUAUAAAAUAAAAAACAAAAACAGAAGCGGUAAUCAUAAAUUUAAAAAUUUUACAAUACGGAGAAUAUUGAACUGAUAAGCAAGAAGCAACAACAAGAUAACAAUUAAAAUCAUAGGCGUCGAAAUAAUAAUAAUUUUUUGUAAACGCUAUGUUAUUAUAUAAGUUAAUAUUUAGGCCUAAAUUGUAGCAUCAAAUAUUGAACGAAAAAAUGCAAAUGAAAUAUAAAAUUAAAUAAAAAAAAGUGUAAUAAUCUCUA